UAAAGUUAACAGCAAAAUUUUUGAUUGGUUACUUUUUAGUAAAAAAUGAUGAUUUGAAAUCUCAGAGAGUAGUUGACUUUUUAAAGGUUUUAAAGCUUUAUGAAGAUGAUUUAUUUGGUGAUGCUUAUUAUAAUCUAAAUUAUCGUAAAAAUAUUGAUUUGCGGAAACCAAUUAAUCUCCCAAAUGAAGCAGAUGUUCAACUGCUUAUUGAGGAAUGUAACAAAAUUAUGAAUUCUAUUGAUGAUUUUCAACAUCCAUGUGAAUCAUUUGUCACUAUCCGAUCUGCGACUGCCACAUGUUUGACUAUAUUUAAUGCCAGACGAGGUGGAGAACCUGUGCGGUUACACUUAUUUCAGUGGAAUGAGGCUUUAAAUGGAGAAUGGAUGGAUAAACAAGAUCUGCCUGAAGAAUUUGAUAUUGAGCAAAUGUUUAUCACUUAUCAAACAGGGAAAGGUUCGGAUCACACAGUUCCUGUUCUCUUUCCACCAGAAUGCAUAAAAGCAAUGCGAUAUCUGACAAACAAAGAAGUUAGGAAAAAUGCUGGAAUUCCUGAUGAAAACCAAUAUAUUUUUGCCAGUACCCAAAAAAGCAUGAGCCAUGCUAGUGGUUGGCAUUGCAUAAAUGAAGUAUUAAUUCGUUUAGAUAAAAAAGGUGCAAUUAAUGCCACCCAAAAUCGGCAUCGUAUUGCUACAAUCUUAGCAAAGCUGGAGUUAUCAGAAAAGGAAAAAACUUUAAUUUAUAAUCACUUUGGACAUUCAGAAAGAAUCAAUCAAAAUGUUUACCAAGCUGCUCCUGGAUCCUUACAAAUAAAAACAACAGGCAAAAGACUAAGAGCUAUUCAAGAAGUGACAAAGGUUGAUCUAACUUCAUUCAAGUCAAUUAUUUCUAAUUCAGCUGAACAAAACUUAAGCACUAUAGGAGAACAUGUAAUAUCAACUGAUGUUGAGUUGAUAACCAAAAAUGAUAGUAAACUGAAUAGUGGUUUAAAAAUUAGGCCAGUCCUUGAUUUAAAAAAAGUUAUAGAAAGUGAAACUGGAAGAAAAAAGUAUCCUAAAAGAUCUUUCCAUGAAGUUGAUUUUACAAAGAUAUCUGGAAAUGAUAGUAAAGUGGAAGGUGAAAUAAAGAUAAAGCAAGUGCUAAAACUUGAAAAAGAAAAAGCGAUCAAUAAAAAGAAAAAUUUAACAGUUGAAAAAAAGUCAUGGAAUAAGUCUAGUAAAGUUGCGUUUAACAAAGAAUUUGCCCUUCACCUUAAAAAUAAUCGUGGAUAUCCAGGCCGUAAAGAAAUGGAAGUAUUUGCAGAAAAAUUUUGUUUAGACCUCAAACAAAUCAGAACUAGAAUUGUUAAUACUCGAAGAAUAAAACAGAAUUUUCGGAAAAAGACAGUUGCACUUAUGGGAAUUGAUUAAUGCUACUAGGUUGCUUUUAUGCCCUUUGCGGGCUGAUAUGACAGAAGGAAGCCUGCUACCAAAUAAUUAAAUCUCAUUUAAUAUCAUUAAAUCUGUAGAUUAA